AUUAUGGUUACUCUUUGCUUUAGUCACUGGUAUUUUAAAAGCUUUCUCUAUUGAGCAGCAGUAUAAACAUGUAAGUAGGUACCUUUCAGAAUUGUAAAAUAGGGUGUUUUCACAUUUUUUAAAAACUGGACAAGAAGAAAGCACAUUGGCCGAAUAAACGAGCUACACAUUUAAAAAAUAUAUCCGAGCCUUCAUUUGAGAGUAAUUUCAAAAUAAAAUUCGAAAUCAGAAAUUUGCCGCGUAAACGGACAGCCGCGCAUUUGUAAGGUCACAUCAUGGUACAUGCACAGAUUUAGAUCUGUGGUACAUGUACCAUGGGUCACAUAGUUCUCAUCUACGUCACAGUGCAUGUAAACACUGGAACUGUCAUUGUAAACAGCACGCGUUCUACGGUUUUGAUUGUUUUCUGCAGUGAUUAUAUGUUUAUAUAGGAUUGAUUUUAUUACUAUCAAAGACUAGCUAAACAUUGUGCAUGUUUGAAAAUGUAUGGCGCACAAAAUAAAUGGUGUUUUGUGCCAUGUUGUACAAGUACAUCCAAGAAAUUGGUUUAAAGCAGCUAGAAGGGAUAUGCCAAAAUCGAAAUCAACGUUUUACUGCUGCGAAGAUCAUUUUAAUCUGGAAGAAGAUAUAGAAAAUUUUGUACGUUAUAAAUUAAUGGGUGGAAAAAUUAUUCUAAAACAGACGGUGGUUCCUCAUAGGUUUGACUGUCAACCAGACAAGAAAAGAGCUAGUAAUGUUCCCGUAAGAACGCUACCUGUCAAACGAGCAAGAAAACAACUGGUUGAUGAAGCCAUUGCAGAGAGUGAGAAGAGACAGCAAAAUUUACCAUUACUGGUUGAUGAAGCUAUUACAGAGAGUGACAAGAUACAGCAAAAUUUACCAUUUACCAAUGUUGAAGAGCCAGUGCCAGUGCUGUUAUGAAUGCCCCUGUUUGGCAGUCUUCUGUUUUGGAAGAUGUGAUUUUGACUUCUGCAGUACAUCCUCAAACUCGAAGUGUUGGAGUACAAGCAAGACCAUCGUACCGUAG